UCGAGUCUAGCGCUUACUGAGAUCGCAUUGCGGCUCCCGCCCCGGCGAGUUCUCGCCCCCGCGCGGCCGUUUCCGAGGUGACGGCGCAUGUCUCGCCUCGCGUUGCCCCUCUGCAGUCCCCCCGCCCCGCUUCUCCCACCACAAUGAGGUCCUAAGAUGGCGGUGGCUGCGGCGGUUGGCGCCGAGUACCUAAAGUAGAAAGGCGGCCAUUGAGCUCUAGGCAGUCAGGGAACUUGUGGCCCUCCCUGCUGUGGUCUCUAAGGGAGGAACGCUGCCAGUGGCGGGUCGUGGGGGCUGACCGCCGCUGCGCCCUUGGCAGGAGCGGCUGCUUCGUUUACAGGUAAAGCCUCCGCGUUCCCGGUCCCUGGCAACCGAGGACAGCGCGCCACAGGGGCGGGAGAGCAACGGCUCUGGGACGCUUGACCCUGUUGGGCCUGACCUGGGACCCACGCCUCCUCGGUGUCUCCUGAGACUUUUUGCUGCCUCUUUUUCGUCCCCUAGGCAGACAGUCCGCCCCUCCCCCGGACCGAUCGACGCGAUCUCCGAGACAACAACUUUAAAGUGUGAAGCAGAAAAGGAGCUGUUUCUGAGCUGCAAAACUUGUUUCUAAAUAGGAAAUUAAUUGUUAAAGCCAAUAUGGCCACAGGAGGAGGUCCUUUUGAAGAAGGAAUGAAUGAUCAGGAUUUACCAAACUGGAGCAAUGAAAGUGUUGAUGACCGACUCAACAAUAUGGAUUGGGGUGGCCAGCAGAAGAAGGCAAAUAGAUCAUCAGAAAAGAAUAAGAAAAAGUUUGGUGUAGAAAGCGAUAAAAGGGUAACUAAUGAGAUUUCUCCGGAGUCAUCACCAGGAGUUGGAAGGCGAAGAACAAAGACUCCACAUACAUUUCCACAUAGUAGAUAUAUGACUCAGAUGUCUGUUCCAGAGCAGGCAGAAUUAGAGAAACUUAAACAACGGAUAAACUUCAGUGACUUAGAUCAGAGAAGCAUUGGAAGUGAUUCUCAAGGUAGAGCCACUGCAGCUAACAACAAACGGCAGCUUAGUGAAAACCGAAAGCCCUUCAACUUUUUGCCUAUGCAGAUUAACACUAACAAGAGCAAAGAUGUGGCUGCAAGUCUUCAAAAAAGAGAAGUGAUUGGAUCAACACAAUGUAAAGAAUUGUUUGCUACUGCUUUAAGUAAUGACCUUUUGCAAAACUGUCAAGUCUCUGAAGAAGAUGGUAGAGGAGAGCCUGCAAUGGAGAGCAGCCAGAUUGUAAGUAGACUUGUUCAAAUUCGUGACUAUAUUACUAAAGCUAGCUCCAUGCGAGAAGAUCUUGUGGAGAAAAAUGAAAGAUCUGCUAAUGUUGAACGCCUUACUCAUCUAAUAGAUCACCUUAAAGAACAAGAAAAGUCAUACAUGAAAUUUCUCCAAAAAAUUCUUGCUAGAGAAAAUGAGGAGGAGGAUGUUCGGACUAUAGACUCAGCUGUGGGAUCUGGUUCUGUAGCUGAGAGCACAUCGCUAAACAUAGAUGUGCAGUCUGAGGCUUCAGAUACCACGGCCAGAGAUCCUGAACAGGAGCCUAUGGAAGAGAUAGAAAAUUUGAAGAAACAACAUGAUUUAUUAAAAAGGAUGUUACAACAGCAGGAGCAACUGCGAGCUCUGCAGGGACGACAAGCUGCUCUUCUAGCUCUGCAGCAUAAAGCAGAGCAAGCUAUCGCUGUGAUGGACGAUUCUGAAAAGGUUGCAGGGACAACUCCUGGCCAUCAUACUGUACGAUGCAGACAGACAGCUCGCUCUCCUUUUCAUCAGAGAGUACCCUUAAGAGUUGGAGAAACUACAGGUAGCUUAUCUGGAGUCAGUAUAACAUCUGAACUAAAUGAAGAAUUAAAUGAUUUAAUUCAGCGUUUUCAUAAUCAGCUUCGUGAUUCUCAGCCUCCAGCUGUUCCAGAUAAUAGAAGACAGGCAGAAAGUCUUUCUUUAACUAGGGAGGUUUCCCAGAGCAGGAAUCCAUCAAUUUCAGAUCAUUUGCCUGAUGAGAAAGUUCAACUUUUUAGCAAAAUGAGAGUGCUGCAGGAAAAGAAACAAAAAAUGGACAAGUUACUUGGAGAACUUCAUACACUUCGAGAUCAGCAUCUGAACAAUUCAUCAUUUGUGCCUUCUUCAGCCUCUCCACAGAGGAGUGGAGAUCAGAGAAGUACAGUUUCAGCCCCCUCUGUUCCUGUAGGCUUGGUACCAGUUGUCAAUGGAGAGUCCAACAGCAGCCUUGUAUCAUCUGUUCCUUAUCCUGCCGCUUCUCUAGGUCCUCAGAAUGAGAAUGAAAAUGAAGGCCAUCUGAACCCAACUGAAAAACUACAGAAGUUAAAUGAAGUUCGAAAGAGAUUGAAUGAAUUAAGAGAAUUAGUCCAUUAUUAUGAACAAACAUCAGAUAUGAUGACAGAUGCUGUAAAUGAAAACACAAAAGAUGAAGAAACUGAAGAGUCAGAAUACGAUUCUGAGCAUGAAAAUUCUGAACCUGUUACUAACAUUCGAAAUCCACAAGUAGCURCUACCUGGAAUGAAGUAAAUAGUAAUAGUAAUACACAGUGUGUUUCUAAUAAUAGAGAUGGGAGAUCAGUGAAUUCUAAUUGUGAAAUUAACAACAGAUCUGCUGCCAAUAUUAGAGCUCUAAACAUGCCUCCUUUAGAUUGUCGAUACAAUAGAGAAGAACAGGGAAUGCAUGUAACACAAGGUGAAGAUGAUGAGGAAGAGGAGGAGGAAGCAGAAGAGGAGGGGGUCAGUGGAGCUUCAUUGUCUAGUCAUAGAAGCAGUCUGGUUGAUGAGGCUCCAGAAGAUGCAGAAUUUGAACAGAAGAUUAAUAGACUUAUGGCUGCAAAACAGAAACUUAGACAGCUACAAGAUCUUGUUGCUAUGGUGCAGGAUGAUGAUGMAGCUCAAGGGGUUACUUCUGCCAAUACAUCAAAUUUGGAUGACUUCUACCCAGCAGAAGAAGACACCAAACAAAAUUCAAAUAAUACUAGAGGAAAUGCUAACAAAACACAGAAAGAUACUGGUGGAAAUGAAAAGGCAAGAGAGAAAUUUUAUGAGGCUAAACUACAGCAACAACAGCGAGAGCUAAAACAAUUGCAGGAAGAAAGAAAGAAACUGAUUGAGAUUCAAGAGAAAAUUCAAGCUUUGCAAAAGGCAUGUCCUGACCUGCAGCUGUCAGCCACUACUGUGGGUAAUUGUCCCACAAAAAAAUACAUACCAGCUGUUACUUCAACCCCAACUACUAAUGAAAAUGAGACCAAUACAAGCAAAUCUGUUUUUGAACCUGAAGAUUCUUCAGUAGUAGAUAAUGAGUUGUGGUCAGACAUGCGAAGACAUGAAAUAUUAAGGGAAGAGCUUCGACAGAGAAGAAAGCAGCUUGAAGCUCUAAUGGCUGAACAUCAGAGGAGGCAAGGUCUAGCUGAAACUACAUCUCCAGUGGCCAUGUCAUUGAGAAGUGAUGGAUCUGAGAACCUGUGUACUCCUCAACAAAGUAGAACAGAAAAAACAAUGGCAACUUGGGGAGGYUCUACUCAGUGUGCCUUAGAUGAAGAAGGAGAUGAAGAUGGUUACCUUUCUGAAGGAAUUGUUCGGACAGAUGAAGAAGAGGAAGAAGAGCAAGAUGCCAGUUCUAAUGAUAAUUUUUCUAUGUAUCCUCCUAAUAGUGUGAAUCACAAUUCCUAUAAUGCAAAGGAAUCUAAAAAUAGGUGGAAGAACAAUCGCCCUUUUUCGGCAGAUGGAAAUUAUCGCCCAUUAGCCAAGACAAGACAACAACAGAAUAUCAGCAUGCAACGGCAAGAAAACCUUCGGUGGGUAUCAGAGCUCUCUUAUGUAGAAGAGAAAGAACAAUGGCAAGAACAAAUUAACCAGCUUAAGAAACAACUUGACUUCAGUGUCAAUAUUUGUCAGACUUUGAUGCAAGACCAGCAGACUCUGUCUUGUCUGCUGCAAACUCUUCUCACAGGUCCUUACAGUGUUAUGCCAAGCAAUGUUGCAUCUCCUCAGGUACACCUCAUAAUGCACCAGUUGAACCAGUGCUACACACAGCUAACAUGGCAACAGAAUAAUGUUCAGAGGUUGAAACAAAUGCUGAAUGAACUUAUGCGCCAACAAAAUCAGCAUCCAGAAAAAUCUGGAAGCAAGGAAAGAGGAAGUAGUGCAUCACACCCUUCAUCUCCCAGUUUAUUUUGUCCUUUCAGCUUUCCAACACAACCUGUAAAUCUAUUUAAUCUGCCUGGAUUUACUAAUUUUUCAUCAUUUGCACCAGGUAUGAAUUUCAGCCCUUUAUUUCCUUCUAAUUUUGGAGAUUUUUCUCAGAAUAUUUCUACAUCCACUGAACAGCAGCAGCCUUUAGCCCAGAAUUCUUCAGGGAAAACAGAAUAUAUGGCUUUCCCAAAACCUUUUGAAAGCAGUUCCUCUAUUGGAGCAGAAAAGCAGAGGAAUCAGAAACAGCCUGAAGAGGAGGUAGAAAACAUUAGGACGCCAUGGUCAUAUGACCAAGAAGGAGAAAUAGGAAAACCAUUUAUCAAGACUGGAUUUGCAGUGUCUGUAGAGAAAACUACAAAUAGUAACCGCAAAAAUCACUUAGAUACAAGCAGGAGAAGACGCCAGUUUGAUGAAGAAUCAUUAGAAAGCUUUAGCAGUAUGCCUGACCCAGUAGAUCCAACAACAGUAACUAAAACAUUUAAGACAAGAAAAGCAUCUGCACAAGCCAGCCUGGCAUCUAAAGACAAAACACCCAAAUCGAAGAGUAAAAAGAGGAAUUCUACUCAGUUGAAAAGCAGAGUUAAAAAUAUUGGAUAUGAAAGUGCCAGUAUGUCUAGCACAUGUGAACCUUGCAAAAGUAGGAACAGACAUUCAGCUCAGACUGAAGAGCCUGUUCAAGCAAAAGUAUUCUGCAGAAAGAAUCAUGAACAGCUGGAAAAAAUAAUAAAAUAUAAUAGGUCUACAGAAAUAUCUUCAGCACAUGCUAGGAGAAUACUACAGCAAUCUAACAGAAAUGCAUGCAAUGAAGCGCCAGAAACUGGGAGUGAUUUUUCUAUGUUUGAAGCUUUGCGGGAUACUAUUUAUUCUGAAGUAGCUACUUUAAUAUCUCAAAAUGAAUCUCGCCCACAUUUUCUUAUUGAACUCUUCCAUGAGCUUCAACUACUUAAUACAGACUACUUAAGGCAGAGGGCUUUAUAUGCAUUGCAGGAUAUAGUAUCGAGACAUAUUUCUGAAAACCAUGAAAAAGAAGGGGAAAAUGUAAAGUCAGUGAACUCUGGUACUUGGAUAGCUUCAAACUCAGAGCUUACUCCCAGUGAAAGCCUUGGUACUACUGAUGAUGAAACUUUUGAGAAGAAUUUUGAAAGAGAAACACAUAAAAUAAGUGAACAAAAUGAAGCUGAUAAUGUUAGUGUCAUGUCUGUAUCUUCAAAUUUUGAACCUUUUGCAACAGAUGAUCUUGGUAACACAGUGAUUCACUUAGAUCAGGCAUUAGCCAGAAUGAGAGAAUAUGAGCGUAUGAAGACUGAGGCCGAAAGUAACUCAAAUAUGAGAUGCACCUGCAGAGUUAUUGAGGAUACAGAUGCUGCUUCCGCCACCACUGUAAUUAAUAAUUCAGAAGAAACUCCCAUUAUUGAAAAUCAUAGUUCACAACAACCUGUAAGUGAAGUUUCUAGCAUCCCGUGUCCUAGAAUUGAUACUCAGCAGCUGGAUCGACAGAUCAAAGCAAUUAUGAAAGAAGUCAUUCCUUUUUUGAAGGAGCACAUGGAUGAAAUAUGCUCUUCUCAGCUUCUCACUUCAGUAAGACGCAUGGUAUUGACCCUUACCCAGCAAAAUGAUGAGAGCAAGGAGUUUGUGAAGUUCUUUCAUAAGCAACUUGGAAGUAUAUUGCAAGAUUCACUGGCAAAAUUUGCGGGCAGAAAACUGAAGGACUGUGGAGAAGACCUUCUUGUGGAGAUAUCUGAAGUGUUGUUUAAUGAAUUGGCUUUCUUUAAACUCAUGCAAGAUUUGGAUAAUAAUAGUAUAACUGUUAAACAGAGAUGCAAAAGGAAAAUAGAAGCAGCUGGAGUGAUACAGUCUUAUGCCAAGGAGGCCAAAAGGAUUCUUGAAGGAGGAGAUUAUGGCUCACCUGCUGGAGAGAUUGAUGAUGAAGACAAAGACAAGGAUGAGACUGAAACAGUUAAGCAGAUUCAGACACCUGAGGUAUAUGGUGCCGAAGGUCCCAAAAAUGUAAGAUCUGAUGUUUCUGAUCAAGAGGAAGAUGAAGAAAGUGAAGGAUGUCCAGUAUCUAUUAAUUUAUCUAAAGCGGAAACUCAAGCUUUAACUAAUUAUGGAAGUGGAGAAGAUGAGAAUGAGGAUGAAGAAAUAGAAGAAUUUGAAGAGAGCCCUGUAGAUGUCCAGACUUCACUUCAGGCUAACACUGAAACUAAUGAAGAAAUUGAACAGGACAGUCAGGUUCAACAACAUGACCUUGAAGAAACAGCUGAAAGCACAAAUGUUUCAUCAGAACAAGAACCCACUAGUAAAGAUGACCAAGAUAGCUCUCCUGUGAAACCUUGUUACCUCAAUAUCUUGGAAAAUGAACAACUUUUAAAUAGUGCUGCCCAUAAGGACUCGCUUACCACUAUUGAUUCAUCUAAACAACCUAACCCUUUGCCAUUACCUUUAACUGAAAUUGAAACCUUAGUGCCUAGAGUCAAAGAAGUUAAAUCUGCUCAGGAAACUCCUGAAAGCUCUCUCGCUGGAAGUCCUGAUACGGAAUCUCCAGUGUUAGUGAAUGACUAUGAAGCAGAAUCUGGUAACAUAAGUCAAAAGUCUGAUGAAGAAGAUUUUGUGAAAGUUGAGGAUUUACCGCUUAAACUGACAAUAUAUUCAGAGGCAGAUCUAAGGAAGAAAAUGGUAGAAGAAGAACAGAAGAAUCAUUUAUCUGGUGAAAUAUGUGAAAUGCAAACUGAAGAAUUAGUUGGAAAUUCUCAGACACUAAAAGAACCUGAAAUAGUGGGAGCCCAGAGUGUAUGAGAUGUCUUCAGAGACUCAUCUAACUCUGUUUAUAAAGUCAUCGCAUAUAUGAAAAUGACCCUAAAUAAACAUUGUUAUGAUCUGUAUAAAAUGUAAAUUAGUUUGACACUGCAUUUUUGGUAGGUGUGCUAAUUUCUGCCCAUGGCAGUUUAAAACAUCAGAAACUGAAUUUUGGACAGAUUUAAGCCUUGGUAUAUACUGUGGCUGUUCUUUGUUUUUUGUUUUUUCUCUUUUAUGGUCUUGAUUUUCUUCUCAUUGUGAUGUUUGGUAACGUUAAAUUUAAAAUGUAGUUUUAAAUAAAGUUUGAACUUAUCUGUAAAAUAUUUUUUGGAAAUUAUGUUGAAUUCUCUACAGCAAAUUGCUGUUCUAGGUAGUAGUAGGCAAUUGAGAGAGAGCAAUGGCUCAGAAUUAGAGAAAUAUAUUAUUUAUAAAGCCCAGCUAUUGGGCCAGUCUUCCACAUAUGCCAGUGUUUCUGCUAUUGGAUAUAGUUAAUAUUCUUUAAAUACCUGCAGGUCCCAUUCCUCUAUAUAAACAAAGCAGGACUAGGGCAGCAGGUCAGUCAUAAUAUGGUUCCCUAUCAUUCACAGAUCCUAGGUUUGAUCCCCAGCAACACACUCACACACACAAAGAAAAGGAAGGAAGAAUAGGACAGAUUAUAAAUGUAUCCAGGAUAUCUGUGAAAUUAUCAUAGAAUAUAUGUUAGUAAUCUAUUCAAGUUGCAGAAGUUUAGAAUAUAUGUGCUUACUACCUAGAACUUAAAUACUUAUCUAUUAGAUGAAUAUUUUCCAGAAUUGCAACUCCUAUCUAUAUUGCCUCAAUCUGGAAUUUAAAGUUAGUAUUUCUGCACAGUCAGUAAUCUUCUGGUUAAUUUUAAAUGAAAAACCAAAUAUUUUCAAGUAGGGAUAAAUAAAACUAAAUUUAUGUAAUACAACAUUAAGAUUCUUGUCUUUUGAGAUAAUAAUUUAAGACAAAAAUCUAGUGGUUGAUUCUGUGUGUAGUAAGAAACAGGUUCACAGGUGAAGUAUUAAGAAAAUCUAUGUGACUUCUUUAUCACUAAGUAAGCCAAGUUUUAAAUGGUGAUUUAUUGUUUUAUCCCAUACUUGCCAUAGACAGAAAUGUCAAAAGAUCCAGUUGAUCUUAUAGAUUCUUCCUUGAGUAAAAUAUGAAGAAUAUGAGGAAUUAAUUCUUUGUUCCAAGUAGUCUUUAAAUCAUUACCAGUGGUCUAAAAUACUCCAUAAUAAAAGAAUUAGCUUGGUAUUCCUUUAAAGUUCUUACUUGCUUGAUAUCUUAGUAUCAAAUUAAUCUGUAACAUCUAACAAAGGAAUACUAAUUGAGAAUUUCCCUGUAAGGAAAUGUACUGUUUAUGUUUAAUUUGAAUUGUGUAAGACAUAUCUCCAAUUUUAUAAGACCUAUAUGGAAAACUAUCAGUUCAGAGUCAGGAUUCUUAUCCAGUUGUACUGACUUAAGGGCAAUUGGAACAAUAAAUUACUUUAUAUGUAUAUUCAGAUUCUGUAUUUUCUUGACUCUAAUCAGGAAAGGAGAAAAACUUUAUUUUGGUUCUCAAGCCAAGCCUUACAUAUUGCCGCUGUCUUUCUAUGUCUGCAUGCAUAUUAAGGACAGAGAGAGCAGAACUUUCUGCUAUCACCGUGGUACCUGUGAACCUUAUCAAACUAUCUUUUGUUAUARCUCCUAAUCGUUUUUUUUUUUUUUUCCUAUUUUAGUAGGUAUUUUAGUUUUUAAAUACCCAGGCUUGAGAGCAGAUAAGUUGUUUAUUGUUUUCCCUAGCAUACUAUUGGUAACAGUUUAGGCAUUUAAUAUUCCUCUUUGUCUGAAAAUUUAAAUUAAAACUUUGGUUGGAGAUAAAGGGGGGAAAUGUCAAAUGAGUGUGAGAGAACCCUGUGCAGGUUGAAAAUAAUGCCUAAAAUGAUGAGCUAGCCAGUCUGUGGAGAUACUCUUUGUAUUUUGUAACCUUCACUUUGGGUAAAUGCUUUUUCACUGUUAAUAAA